AUGGCAACACGGCGACCGUCAGUCAAGAUUGAGGAGGUCUCGUCGCAGAGGAAGGGCACCGACAGGGUCAUGGCUGUGGUCAACGUGGAAGCGGCGGCAGUCAAGUUGGAGACAGAGGUUCUAGGCUGUCAAAUACAUGGCAGCACGAUGGACGUAGAGGUUGGGUAG